GAGCACAACACCAAGAGUUCUUUGCAAUAGUGUCACUGGAGCUUCUCCAAUAGGCAGGUAUCAAAAAUAGGAAAAGUAAAAUAGAAAACAGUAAAUAUGGAAUUGAAGAAAAUAGUAGAAUUUUUCUAAAAUUCUUCACAGUAAAACCAGAUGAGGCUUCGAGGACUUCGGUUGAUGGGAUCAGAUGGGUUUAGGAGCGGAACUGUUGUCGGUGGAACUGUUGUCGGUGUUGGAGCCGGACGGGGGGGACGUAUUUCGCGAGGUGCCAAGUUGCCGGUCAAUUCAUCGCGCGUUUCUGCGGAAAACUGAGCCGAAAAGAAACGGCGGCGGAGAGCGGCAGGAGCCCAGAUGUCGGGGUUUGUGGACGAGUACGCGGCCGAUUACGACCCAUAUGCCUACAAUGCUGACUACGACCUUCAUACUGGAGAUCCCAAGCAGGACCUUGCUUAUGAGCGACAGUAUGAACAGCAAACUUACCACGUGAUCCCAGAAGUAAUAAAAAAUUUCAUCCAAUACUUCCACAAAACUGUAACUGACCUGAUUGACCAGAAGGUCUAUGAGCUACAGUCCAACCGUGUGUCCAGUGAUGUGAUUGAACAGAAGCUUUAUGAGAUUCAGGAUAUCUAUGAAAACAGCUGGAAUAAACUGACCGAGAGGUUCUUCAAAAACUCCCCCUGGCCAGAAGCAGAAGCUAUUGCCUCUAUAUGUCGGAAUGAUGCUGUCUUUCUUAUUUUGUAUAAGGAGCUCUACUACAGGCACAUUUAUGCUAAAGUCAGCGGUGGACCUACGUUGGAACAGAGGUUUGAAUCUUACUACAAUUACUGCAAUCUGUUCAACUACAUUCUCAAUGCCGAUGGCCCUGUUCCCCUGGAACUCCCGAAUCAGUGGCUAUGGGACAUAAUUGACGAGUUCAUUUACCAGUUCCAAUCUUUCAGUCAGUACCGCUGCAAAACAGCCAAGAAGACAGAGGAGGAGAUUGAAUUCCUGCGGUCAAAUCCCAAAAUCUGGAAUGUUCACAGUGUCCUCAACGUCCUGCAUUCCCUAGUCGAUAAGUCUAACAUUAACCGUCAGCUGGAGGUCUACACCAGUGGAGGAGACCCUGAGAGUGUUGCUGGGGAGUACGGCCGUCACUCCCUGUAUAAGAUGCUGGGAUAUUUCAGCUUGGUGGGGCUCCUGCGUCUCCAUUCACUUCUUGGGGAUUACUACCAGGCUAUUAAAGUGCUUGAGAACAUUGAACUCAAUAAAAAGAGUAUGUACUCGCGGGUGCCAGAAUGUCAGGUCACAACUUAUUACUACGUGGGCUUUGCCUAUUUGAUGAUGCGCCGUUACCAGGAUUCGAUCCGUGUGUUUGCCAACAUUUUGUUGUACAUCCAGAGAACCAAGAACAUGUUUCAGCGCUCAACCUACAAAUACGAAAUGAUAAACAAGCAAAACGAACAGAUGCACAGUCUGUUGGCAAUCGCCUUGACGCUGUACCCGAUGAGAAUCGACGAGAGCAUCCACACCCAGCUGCGAGAGAAGUAUGGAGACAAGAUGCUGCGCAUGCAGAAAGGAGAGAUGCAAAUAUUUGAGGAGCUAUUCAGUUUUGCCUGUCCCAAGUUCCUGUCACCUGUGGUACCAAAUUACGACUCGGUCCAUGCCAACUAUCACAAGGAGCCGUUCCUGCAGCAACUGAAAGUGUUUAUGGAUGAGGUGCAGCAGCAGUCGGUACUUUCCACCAUCCGUAGUUUCCUGAAGUUAUACACCACAAUGCCUGUCAUCAAGCUGGCUGGAUUCCUUGAUAUGACCGAGCAGGAGUUCCGCAUCAACCUCCUGGUCUUCAAGCACAAGAUGAAGAACCUGGUGUGGACAAGUGGGAUAUCGGCCCUUGAUGGUGAAUUUCAGUCUGCUUCUGAGGUUGACUUCUACAUCGACAAGGAUAUGAUCCACAUCGCAGAUACCAAAGUGGCCAGGCGAUACGGAGACUUCUUCAUCAGGCAAAUUCACAAGUUUGAGGAGCUCAAUCGAAGCCUGAAGAAAAUCACGCCACGAUAAUGGAGGUUCUGUUCCCACAGCAGUGAAGAAGACCUGGAGAUUUGCUACUUCCCAGCAACUGUAGUUGACGGUUGCUGAGCAAGCCCCUGUAAUUGCUACUGUUUAUGUAUCUGAAGAUCUGGAUGUGUUGCUUGGAUAUAUCUGAUCCAGAGAUAAAUUAAGUACUUUUAGCAAUUAUACCUUGUUAACAACAAAGCAGUUGCCUUCUGCUUUGUUUGUACACAGCACAUUAUUAGUUUGCAUUGUUCUCAAUGAUGCCAACUUUUUCAGAAGGCAUAAGAUUGCUGUAUGUUAACUCUUGUUAACAUAAAUAAAAUUCAACAAUCUAUUUGUAAUAACCAGCUAUCAACAUAAUCCAAUUAAAGCAACAUGUCACAAUA